CAACAUGUCGACGGUCGGUGUCGACAUCGGUGACUGGGUGUGCGAAAAGAAGGUUCGGGGUGUGUCGGCCCACGGUCCGGUCGUAUUCCGGACGUGGGACUUUGGUGGCCAACGGGAGUACUACGCAACCCACCAGUACUUCCUGUCCCGGCGCAGCCUCUACCUAGUGCUAUGGCGCAUCAUCGAUGGGCGGCGGGGACUGGCCGAGGUGCUGCAGUGGCUCGGCAACAUCCAGGCUCGGGCCCCCAACUCGCCGGUACUGAUCGUCGGUACGCACUACGAUGCGGUUGGCGAAACCCUGCCGGCCCGUAAGGCGGAAGAACUGCAGCAGAUCAUACGCGACCGGUUUAUCGCGGUGUCGGACGCGGAAAAGAUUGGGCUGCCGCGGGUGCUCGAUUCGAUCGAGGUUAGCUGUCGGACGGGGCACAACAUCAAGCUACUGGCUGGACUGAUCUACGAUACGGCGUUCGCAUUGCGGCCGCCCGGUUGCAAGGAACCGCUGCUGUACCAGCGCGUCCCAGCGAGCUACCUCGCGCUGGAGGACGUCAUCGGUAGCGUGGUAGCGGGGCUGCGCCAAACCGGGGCCGAUCCAGUGCUCGAUGCCGACCGCUACCGCCAGCUGGUUACGCACGAGCUGCAGCAGCGCGGCCUGAAGGGUUUCCGGGACUGGUCGGAGCUGAACCAGGCCACCAUGUUCCUGCAUGACAAUGGUGUGCUGCUGCACUACGAUGACGCGACGCUUCGGGAUCUUUACUUUCUUGACCCGCAGUGGCUUUGCGACAUGCUUGCCCACGUCGUGACGGUGCGUGAGAUCAACCCAUUCGCACGGACCGGCGUCAUGAAGAUGGACGACCUGCAGCACGUCUUCAAGAGCUCCUGCCUCGGCAGCACCAACAAUCGAGGCUACAUCGUGAGCCUGCUGAAUAAAUUCGAGGUCGCAUUGUCCUGGGACGCUCGGACGUUGCUUAUACCGUCGCUGCUACCGACGGAGGAGGACAGCUACUCCGAGCACCGGAUGGUAACGGUAAAGAUCGCCAACCGGUCGAAGGGUUGGGUAUCACGAGCGCGUCACAUAACGCCCGGUGCCGGCUUACCUGCACCGUACGCCUACGAGCUACCAGCAUCCGGCAUCCACUACUCACCGACACCAGCAGCGGUCACAGUCGGGCCGGAAUGUAGCUCCACUUCCGCAGCGCCCCCAUUGCCUGCCCAUAGCGCUGAACCAGUGACGGUUCAGACGAUCCAUCGUCCCGAUCGGUCUAUCUAUCGACUGCUACUGAUGUCCUACUUCCCGUCCGGCUUCUGGUCACGACUCAUCACUCGCGUUCUCGCCGAUGGCCAGGUCGUGGAAGCAAUCCGUGGCCUAUAUGCACUACCGACCGAGCUGGACGGACUUGAGCCGGGCGCGGAACUAUCGGCAUACUGGGCCGUCUGGCAGACGGGACUGGCACUGCACUACGGUCCCGGGACGGUGGUGUUUCGGAUGCGUGAAAUCGCCGUCACCUGUCCCGGUUCACCGUUUCGGAAUCCGAUGAACCGGUUCAAGCUAAAGCAGGACGGUGUGUGGUGCGAUAUCGACUUGACGGCAAGCUCCAUCCUGGAGAUUCACUUUCCGUACGGUGCCCUUCGGGUGCGACCGUCGGCCACUGGCGGUGGCGGUGGCGGUGGUACCACCCCGGCCAGCACAUCCGCGAAUGCCAGCAGUGAUGAGUCAUACGAGCUCGAACCGAGUGUCCAGGGUUUGACCCAGCUACUCGCUCUCACGGUCGACCAUAUUGAUCUACUAUUGGAGGACUGGUAUCCGACGCUCGGUACCCGUUUCGUGCACACGUCCGAGGGUCGCUUCCUGGUGACACGCCUCGUGCCGUGUCCCCGGUGUUUGCGCGACUGUGAAGACCGCCACGUACCCAACUUACCGUCGCAGGUGAAAGCAUCCACCAGCAGCAGCAGCAGCAGCAGCAACAACGCCGGUAGCAACGGUGGUGGUAGUGGGGGAGCGACCCACCGGCAUCGCAUGGAGCUUGGUGGAAGUGGCCCUCAUGGGGCACUCUCCGGUGGUGUGUGUGGUGAACACAUUGGCAGCGGUGGGCUGAACGAACUGCCCGGCAUCCUCCAGGACCGCAAGUCGCAAGAUUCGCUUGGCAUGUCCGACUGUGAUUCCGGUGUCGGCCAAGAGACGGCCGACAGCUCCAGCGAAACCUCCAUCGAUGGCUAUCCGCCACUGCUCCCGUCUGCAAUGGCCACCGGUAUGACGCCGAUGGCGGUGACACCGCUCGUAGAGCCUUCUCAAGAGUCACCCAGCUACUCGUGGAUGGUGGAGGAGUGCAUUCUGGCCGCAUAUGACCGGAAGGCCGUCUCCUGCCCGCUCCACGGUGAUAUCAAGCUCAGCCGUAUUACACCGGACGUGAACUUCCUCGAUCUACCCGGACAUUAUCUGAUUCGCUCAGAUGAGAUCAACCGUGGGCCGCUGCUCGGUCGCGGUGCGUUCGGCUUCGUGUUCAAGGCGACCUGCCGCAAACGGCCACUGGGUGGGCGCAGCGGAUCAUCAUCACCGUCCACCACCACCACCACCACCACCGGUACGACGGCCCCGUUGAACGUCGCGAUGAAGAUGUUGCAACCGGUGGCGCCAGGCCCGAGGGCCCGGCCUAGCGCCGUUAUCGCGUACAAGGCGGCCCUCGGCAAGUGGGAACGGGAUCCAUUGCAGCACGCCUGCAAAGCGUACUGUACCGCACGGCAAGAGCUGGCCGUACUACUAACCCUGCGCCAUCCGCACAUCGUGCCGCUCGUCGGUGUCUGCACGCAGCCACUGGCGCUCGUGCUUGAUCUCGCACCGAAGGGGGCACUAGAUGCGGUGCUGAGGCAUUACCGUCGCAGCGGCGCCCGCAUCGGCCCGUACUGUUUCCAAUCGCUCGUCCUGCAGGCGGCCAAAGCGAUGGAGUACUUGCACCGGCGGCGAGUAAUCUAUCGCGAUCUCAAGGCGGAGAAUAUCCUCGUCUGGGACUUUCCGGAGCCGCACGCCGAGGACCAUCCGGGGAAUCGGGUGCACAUCAAAGUAGCCGACUACGGGAUUAGCCGUAUUACGCUGCCGUCCGGUUCGAAAGGUUUCGGCGGUACCGAGGGCUUUAUGGCGCCGGAAAUCAUGCGCCAUAAUGGCGAGGAGGAGUACACAGAAAAGGUCGAUUGCUUUUCCUUUGGCAUGUACCUGUACGAGCUGAUCUCACUGCGCCAACCGUUCGAGGGACAUGAGGCGGUAAAGGAGUGCAUCCUCGAGGGGGGCCGUCCGAUGCUGACCGAGCGCGAAACGCACUUCCCGUCCUACUGUCUCGAUUUAAUGGUGCUUUGCUGGGACCAGCAGCCGAAGCUUCGCCCGUCCGCCAGCCAGAUCGUGUCGAUCGCGACCGCCCCCGAGUUCACGCACCUACUCGACGUCUGCUCACUGUCGCACGGUGGCAGCGUGAUGGACGGCAUCGCCUGUAUGAUCGCCAGCACGGAAACGGAGGUGGAAGUGCCGGUCGGAGGAGGUGGCCGCGUCAGUACCGUGUCCGGGUACGAGCUGUGGCUGCCCUGCUCGAAUUCCCGUAUCGACAUUCUCGAUGGUUCGUUGCGCGGUUGGCAGCAGUACCAUCGUAUACUGUGCCCCCAGGUGAAGGGCUCGUCUUCCGCGGGUGGUGGUGGUGCUGGGAGUGCUGAAAUGGCAACAGGAAACAGUAGCAGCCCGUCGGCUAGCGGCCAACCGUCCCAACCGGGCAGCACCUCCUAUCAACCGAAAACGAUCAAACUGACGACGGCUUGCGGCGUCGAAGGUGCCGUCUGGAUCGGGGAUGCAGAGGGGAAUAUCUAUGCGUUCGGUGCCGCCGACUGUGCCCAUCUUUUCUCGUACGCACUGGAACCGACACAACCGUCACCGGUCGUGGCGCUGGUGUACCUGGCCCGUUUCCAGCGUGUCGCGGCUGGCCUUGAAAAUGGGCGACUGUUUCUGCUCCACUCGACGCUGGUGCCGAGCACGUGCUCGGCAGCCGAGGGUAGCUUUGUCCUGUCCGAGCUCGGCUCGGGCGAGCGUCUCUGCUCCGUCACCGCGCUCUGGUUGUCGGAGGACGAGUGCGAGCUGUGGUGCGGGGAGCAGGACGAUGCGAUUAGCAUCUUCUCGCUGCGCAACUCGCAUGUGUCCGGGCAGCAUCAUCUGCGGCACUUUAGCGCACCGGUGCCGGUGCGUGGGCUGAGUGUUGCCCUGCUCCAGGCCGCCCCCGAUGACCACGUGUUCUCAUACCUGGCACCGAGCUACAUCCUCUACCAGUGGCGUUCGUCCAGCAAAACGGUGGAGCACAAGCUGGACUGCUCCAAGCUAGUGCCGUGCUCAGAAAGCCUCAAGAGUAUUGCCAUCGACGAGCGGCUCAGCCCUGGCCGGUGCCAAAUCAGUGCGCUAGCCGUGCUCGGGCGAGAGCUGUACAUUGGCACCACCUGGGGCUGCAUCAUCGUGGCCGAACGGGCGACUCUCCGCCCGACUACCGUCUUCCGGCCGUACGAGGAAGAUGUCCGAUGCAUCAUUCCAAUUCGGAGUGGCGCACCAGUAGCGGGGGGCGGUGGUGGCCAGCCGCCACUGGUUGUGACGGUGGGCCGUGGCUACCGGUCGCUCAUCGAGCGCUACACCGACGGUCAUGGUUCCAGCAACUUGUCGCGUACCACUUUGCACGCCUCUACGCCAACCUCGCAGCAGCAUCAGCAUCAGCAUCAGCAGCAGCAGCAGUCGGAUGGCAAGCGACUGAAGGAAGCGUUACUACGCGAUCGCUCCAAUCACAUGCACGCCCUCAUAUGGACCGCCGAGCACUGGGCGCCAAUCUGAUCGCACCAAUGCCUCAGCCUUCCCUUUGCACUUCCCCCCAUUCUGGAUCUGUGAUUUCGUUAACUUCUCCCUCAACCCUAACCCCCCGGUACUCCACACGCGACACUAGACAUUGUACAUUCACUAGGAAACAAACAGGCGUCUUAUGCCGAUUGUGAUGAUGAUGGUAGGUGAUGUUUUGGGCGGGCAGCUGCACACUGAUGGUGGAUUUUACUGACUGCUGGACUAUCCGGUGUCUGCUUGCUUUGAUCACGCAAAGGAUGGCGGUAAUGGAACAAUAAAGAAAAAAGAAAAAGACA